AUGAAGUCCUUCACCAUCGCCGCCAUCCUGGCCUCCACUGCCAUGGCUCUGCCUACCAACAUCGUCCCCAGCGGCACUGUCCCCUCGGGCGUCCCCAGCUGCAUCCCCUCGGGUGUUAUCCCCUCCGGAGUCCCCAUUCCCUCCGGUAUCCCGAUGUGCACUGGUGCUCCCAGCGCUACUCCCAGCGCUACCCCCAGUGGCAUGGCUUCCCAGAAUGUCAACAGCGUCAUGACCGUCACCAACGGGGAGUCCAAGAACAUCCUUGUCCAGCUUGAGCCCACUGUUGCCAACCUGCUGACUGGCCUUAACCUGCCCCUCAGCGAGCCCGUUGGUGAGAUCGUUCAGACUGCCUCCUCCGUCGACGGCCUGAACCUGCAGGGUCUUGGCUCCGGCUUCAUGACCGUCGCCACCCAGAAUGGCGAGGCUGCUCUUGUCAAGCUCACCUACACUGUUGAGGGUCUCUUCUCUGGUCUCGGCCUCCCUGAGGUUGGCUCCCUUGUUGGCAGCCUCGUUGGCACUCUCGAGGGUCUUGUCCCCAGCAUGAAGCGCGAUGUCACCAGCUCCCUCACCGACACUGUUAUGCACAUCACCGACCUGAACGGUGACGUCCUGCCCGUCGCUCUUGGCUCCAACGUCCUCGGUCUCCUGAGCGGUCUUGACCUGUCCUCCGUCCAGGGCCCCAUCGGCUCCGUUGUCGCUAUGGUUCCCUCCGUCUCCGACCUUCCUUCCAAGGCUGAGUCCAUCGCCGCUGACCCCACUCAGCUGGUCGGUGUUCUGGGCCAGGACGGCACCUCCGCCAUGCUUGUUCAGCUCGAAGGCACUGCCACCGGUCUCCUUGGCUCCCUGGGUCUCACCUCCCUCCUGAGCCCCAUCGGCUCCGUCACCUCCGUCACCGGCGGUCUUCUGUAA